ACAUGACAAAUUAAUUAAUUUAAAAAAAUAGUUUGAGAAAUCGAAUAAAUCUCAUGCAUUCUGUGUGUUGACAUUUACUCAUGUCGAUAAAGUCAUGUCCUUCUACCUCAAUCGAGCAGUAAAUUGGAUUAAGGUGAAGAAGACAUUCAUAAAAAGAUUGUUGGUGCUCUUUUGUCUCAAGAAUAGCCAUUUUAGUUUAAACUAUUACGCAUUAUUCUUAAAUGUGUUUUUUAAUUAGCAAAAAAUGACUAAAUUAGUAUUUGAUCCUGUGUUAAAAAAAUAUUUGGUAGUAAGAAACCAUACACGUAUUUCAAGAAAAUGCUUGCUACUUGGAGAUAACAGUUAUCAUGAAAAUUUGGUCGACAUCUCGAACAAAUUGAAUAAAGGUUUACCUAAGCUUCGGCUGGCUCGAAUAGGAUACUCCUCAGGAAAAGCAAUACUGAAUAAAAAUUUCAAGCGUGAUAUUCAGCGGGAUUCGAGUCAAAAUGAUAUUUUUAAGCUCCAUGAUGAUAUUUCUGAUGAUUCAUUUAAUGUGGAAGAAACCAUCAAAAUUAAAAAUUCUGUUCACGAGUUCUCUGAAAUCUCGUCAGUUAAGAAAACUUUUGAUGACGUUUUUUAUGAAGAACUUCAUAAGGAAUUACGUAAUCAAUCUGACAUAAUGAGGAUGGAAUCGGUCAUAAGUAAUACGACUACAAAAAAUUACUGUCUAAUACACGAUGAAGAGCCUAUGAUAUGUCAACAAUUUGAUGCGCCGAAAGUUAGAGAGCAAUAUCAGCAAAAUUCGAAAGAUAAAGUCAUUAUUCAACCCGAACUGCAAGACAAUGACACAGAUAUGAUUACUAAAUCUUAUAAAAAACGAUCAAAUGAAGAUAUCCAUCAUGGAUAUGAUAAAGAUGAAGCAGCUAUUCACAAGAAAGCUACAGUACGAGAAAUUGCAGAAGUAAAUAAGGUUCAAUUAUGUCAGAAUAUGGAAGGUGGGUCGAGUGGAUCGUUAAAUCAGCAGCUUGAAGACGGAAAUAAUAGAGUAGUUCCAAUAGACUAUGAUCGUGAAAGGCAAUUUGAGUUUGAAGAUGCAUUAUUACCAGAUAAUUUAAAUGAUAUUCAAACUCUUUAUGAUUCUGAGAAAGACAUACUUCAAUACUCUUCGAAUUAUGAGAUAUCAGAUCAACUUAACACAAUUCUGGCUUAUCAAUUAGAUGGAAGAACAGUUGACAUAAUGAGAGAUCAUGAUGAUAUGAGUGAUAAUGAUAACGAUGCUGGAUCUUCAUUAUCACCAGUUGCUUUGCGUCCUCGGCCAAUUAUAAAUAAUGUUUCUCUCUCUGAAUCAGACUCUAAUGAUUUCAAUAGUGAAAAAUUAGAUUACACGGACGACAUGACUUCAACUUUUGUAGAAAAUUCCGCCGAAGAUAGAGAAAAUUCAACUUUGCCCAUCAACCCAAGCGAUGAUGAAGUAGAAAUACCAACUUACGAAUCAAUAAAUGGUAAUCAAGAAGAAAAUACUAAAAUCAAUGGUGAUUUGGGAAUACUUGACUUAGCUAUCUCUAAUGGGAUUGGCUUGACGACUCAGAAAGGAUCUUGUGAUAAUUCUAAACUGACUGUUCAACUAUCUAAUGUUCCUCGAUGGAAAAAAGGUUACUCGUGUCCUUUUUGUCACAAAAUUAUCAUUGGUCAAUUACCAAGACAUAUAAGGACAGUUCAUCGUGAUAUUGAAGAUGUUAAAAAGCUAAACAACACAACAAAAGGUUCAGCAGAGCGUAAAGAAAUUUUGACGAUUUUUCGCAACCAUGGAUCAUUUACUCACAAUUUGAAUGAAAAUUUCAAUAAAGGUCAAUUAAUAGUGAGUCGUCGGCCAAGAGUCGAAAAAGCUGCAACUGAUUACAUAACGUGUUCGUUUUGUCUAGCAACGUUAACGAAAUCUAACGCUAGGAAACAUAUCUUCAAAUGUAAAAAAAACAUGGCGCAGAAAGUAAUUUAAAAGGACAGCGAG